UCGGCCGCCGCCGGAGCCGCUCGGUGCUGCGCGAACAUGGCCGAAGUCGGCGAGGACAGCGGCGCCCGCGCCCUUCUGGCGCUGCGCUCCGCUCCCUGCAGCCCUGUGCUGUGCGCCGCGGCCGCGGCCGCCGCCUUCCCGGCCACCGCAUCCCCGCCGCCGCCGGCGCAGCCUCCGCCCGGGCCGCCCGCGGCGCCCGCAGUGCCCGCGGUGCCCUGUCCCGGCCCCAGCCCCGGCCCGGUGCCCUCCACCGCCGCCACUGCCACCACCGCCGCGCCUGCCUUGGUGGCCGCCGCCGCCGCCUCAGUGCGCCAGAGCCCAGGGCCGGCCCUAGCGCGCCUGGAGGGCCGGGAGUUCGAGUUUCUGAUGCGACAGCCCAGCGUCACCAUCGGCCGCAACUCGUCGCAGGGAUCGGUGGACCUGAGCAUGGGCCUGUCGAGCUUCAUCUCCCGGCGCCACCUGCAGCUCAGCUUCCAGGAACCUCACUUCUAUCUGCGUUGCCUCGGCAAGAACGGUGUCUUCGUGGACGGGGCCUUCCAGAGGCGGGGAGCGCCAGCCCUUCAGCUGCCCCAACAAUGCACCUUCCGGUUCCCCAGCACGGCCAUCAAGAUCCAGUUCACGUCCCUGUACCAUAAGGAGGAGGCCCCAGCAUCCCCGCUGCGGCCACUCUACCCUCAGAUCUCUCCACUGAAGAUCCACAUUCCGGAGCCGGACCUCCGGAGCCUCGUCAGCCCCAUCCCUUCCCCGACCGGCACCAUCAGCGUCCCCAACUCCUGUCCAGCCAGUCCUCGAGGAGCUGGGUCAUCAGGUUACCGCUUCGUCCAGAACGUGACAUCAGACCUUCAGCUGGCCGCGGAGUUUGCAGCAAAGGCCGCCUCUGAGCAGCAAGCAGACACGUCUGGUGGGGACAGCCCGAAGGAUGAGUCGAAGCCUCCUUACUCCUAUGCGCAGCUGAUCGUGCAAGCCAUCUCCUCGGCACAGGACAGGCAGCUAACACUAAGUGGCAUCUACGCCCACAUCACCAAACAUUACCCCUAUUACAGGACUGCCGACAAAGGCUGGCAGAACUCUAUCCGACACAACCUCUCUCUUAACCGUUACUUUAUCAAAGUCCCUCGAUCCCAGGAGGAGCCUGGGAAGGGCUCCUUUUGGCGAAUAGACCCUGCCUCUGAAGCCAAACUCGUGGAACAAGCAUUCCGAAAGCGGAGACAGAGAGGCGUCUCCUGCUUCCGCACCCCCUUCGGACCUCUGUCCUCACGGAGUGCUCCAGCUUCGCCCACCCACCCUGGACUGAUGUCCCCUCGUUCCAGUGGCCUGCAGACCCCAGAGUGCCUGUCUCGGGAGGGCUCCCCCAUUCCACAUGAUCCUGACUUAGGGUCAAAGUUAGCCUCUGUUCCAGAGUAUCGCUAUUCCCAGAGUGCCCCAGGUUCCCCUGUCAGUGCCCAGCCGGUGAUUAUGGCUGUCCCUCCCCGACCUUCCAACUUAGUGGCUAAGCCUGUCGCCUACAUGCCAGCUUCCAUAGUGACCUCACAACAGCCCUCAGGCCACGCCAUCCAUGUGGUGCAGCAGGCCCCCACCGUCACCAUGGUGAGGGUGGUAACCACCUCUGCCAACUCAGCCAACGGGUACAUCCUCGCUAGCCAGGGCUCAGCCGGAGGCUCCCACGACACAGCAGGCACAGCCGUGUUGGACCUGGGCAAUGAGACGAGAGGUUUGGAAGAGAAACCCACCAUAGCAUUUGCCACAAUCCCUGCAGCCAGCCGAGUUAUCCAGACAGUCGCCAGCCAGAUGGCCCCAGGAGUCCCUGGACACACGGUCACCAUCCUGCAGCCAGCUACACCAGUGACUAUCGGGCAGCACCAUCUUCCAGUGCGGGCUGUCACUCAGAACGGAAAGCAUACUGUGCCCACGAAUAGCUUAGCUGGCAACGCUUACGCCCUCACCAGUCCCCUGCAGCUCCUGGCAGCCCAGGCGAGUUCAUCCACGCCAGUGGUCAUCACCCGGGUAUGUGAGGUAGGGUCUGAGGAGCCAUCAGCAGCCGUCUCGGUGGCCACUAAUGCCACAUCAACCCCAGCAGCCUCCACUACCACGUCUGCCUCUUCCAGCGGGGAGCCCGAGAUCAAGAGGUCCCGGGUAGAGGAGCCCAGUGGGACAGCCACCACACAGCCCACAGCAAUGGCAGCCACUGGCCCCCAGGGCCCAGGUACCGGCGAGUGAAGUCACCUGCAGGAAGGUGGAGUGGGACUCAGGCCACAGGUGCCCAGGUGGCCAGCUGCUGCACUCAAGGACGGAGUAGAGAAGCUCACAGCUGCCUGCAGCGCGUGUGCCAUGAGGGUGGCCGCCACACCUGGACAGUUUCCUCUUUAUCUCCUGUCCUCCCAUGGUUUGAAACAAAACACAUAAACACGUUCAGACAACUUGAUUGUAUGAAUCUGGGGGUUCUGUGUGUUUAUUUACCCCUCCCUCAUGCCAUCGCCACUCCCCAGUUCUUGUGGGAGAAGGUCUAGCCCAGCUCCUCAGGAACUGAUCCCAGCCAGCACCCUCAAGAAGAAUGAGCCCCAGGACUGGACAGAAGUACAGUGCAACCCAGGCUGCUCUCCUUGGGACCCACAGAUUUCCUGUUUGUAACUGAGCAAGAAUAGACCAGAGACCAGAGAACAGUGGUGAGAACGUCCCAGCCACACACUGGGAUGCAGUCCUCGCCCCAAAAGUGACAUAGGCUGCGGCAUUAAUUGGGAUCAAGAGGUCUGCUUUGGUUUUGGACCCUAAAAUAAUUCUUAUAGUUAAACAUGGAAUUUGGGCUCAUCUCAAACCUGAGACACACAGAAGGGUUCACGUGUCUUUGGGGUUCCCUUUGGUAGCAGUUGAGUAGCUGCAGGCACUCACCCACACCAGCCCUUGGUGAACAUGCCGCUCUCCCCGAUAACUCCAAGAAGGAUCAGCGGCUCCCACAUUGAUGUUGGAAAAUCAGCCCAGGGCCAGUGCCCAUGGCAUCCAUUCCCACAGUACUGGCUUAGCCCAGAGCUGCAAGCUACAACGGAUAUCCAGGGAAACCUGGGUAGCUUCAGGGGACAUCAGUCAGCCCCUUGCUCAGCGGGGAGGAUACUGGUCUGUACCAGUGGAAGACAGCGGGAUGCAUCCUGUUUCUGGCAGCUGGAGGUGCUGUGCAAUGGUCUGCUCACACUGCCUUCCCCUCACACAUUCCAGUUUCCUGAGCACCCCAAGACGUGUCCAGUUUGCAAAUAGAAACCCUCUCUUCUACCUGAAGCCGGGUGUCCCUGGCUGUUAUCCACUGGGAAGGAAACUACCUCUCUGGACAGCAGUUGGUGCCAAGUUUGAUUACAGUGUGGCAAGAACCAAAGUAUGGGGUCAGCCGAGGACUCGGAUCCCCAGAGAAGGUCUCUUUGCAUGCCUACACAAGCUACCAGCAGCACUUUGAACGCAGCAAGUCAUAGGAGUAGGAGACAUUGACUGUUCCACACAGUCUGGGGAUGAGAGAUGGUUCUGCGGAAGCAGUAGCAGCAGCUGCAUGGCAGGACUUCAAGGCAGCCAGGAGCUCAGUGCUGGUCCUCCUGGAUGGUGGGCCAUAAGCGACAGUGACAACUUGGACAGAGAACCCCAGAAAAGUCGGGUUACCCUGGCCUCUUCCUCUGCCCGGGCCCAGUCAGAAGAGAAGAGAGAGCCCCGUGAGCAAAGAGCAGGCAACCCCAAGAAAGGAGGGGCCACAGCCGUACAAACUGCCUUUGCUGGAAGAGUUGCCAGUCAGUGACCUGGAGGCUACGGAGAGCAGGUGAUCGGGUUGGAUGAAUUCGGGCUCCACCCUAUGGCUGCCACUAUUGAAGCCACCAGUCCCCACACACGCCAAGGACCAGUGCAGAGCGCCUGUCUAGCCCUCUUGAGCUAUCUCCCAAGCUCCCCAGUCAUUUCUGCAGUACUAAACGUCAAGCUGGAAGAGAGCUCUGUUUUGUAGGCCUGUCUGUCGCCUGGGAGGUUUCUGAGAGGUGGGGCUGGGGUAUUAGUGGCUGGGGGUGGGUUUUCCAGGUGGAGCUGCCCCUUGGAGUAUCAAAUGACUCUAUCCUACAUCUCCCUGUGCCUGGCAUGAACUUGUUCUCUGUGUGCCUGGUGUGAGCAUGUGGCUAGGGAAGCGGGAAUGAACUGAGACCACAAGGGACGUUAGUGCCACCUGCCGAUCUUCCCCUCUGUUACCGUUUACUCCAAGACUGUAUGCGCAUGGUCACCCUGCAAGGCAGAUUAUUUGUGGAUUGUCAUGGUAGGCACUGUGCGCAGUCCCUGCAUGGAACUGUGGGGUCACCAUCCGUCACAUCUGUCAUCAGGUCUCAGAAUGGUCCUGACCAGUUUGCUCUCCUGGCUGCUGAGACAUCAUGGUCUCCAUCCUCUGUAGCGGAUCCUCUCACCACGCUAACACGGGUGUGGAAGGACAUGGAGGGAGAGAGUGGAGCACACACUGUCCCGAUGUCCUACAUGACCUUAAGGCAGAGGGUCCUGUGCCCCUGCUUGGGCAGCCUGAGCUAGAAAGGAGGAGGCUAGCCUAGUGUCAUUGCUCUAGAAGUGGAUUUGGUUAUCUACCAGGUAGCACCCGGCUUGUGCCAGCUUUUGCCCACAGCCAUUAACCCAGAAUAGCCAGUGCUCAGAACAGGAAUCCACAGUCAGCUGGAACUUGCUCCCGUGAGCUCUGGGAAGCUAUAUGUGGAAGCCAGAGCCUGGGUUAGGGGCCAUGACCAUCCACUGUCUAGACCAUGGCUGGCAACCCUGGAGGACCCCAGCAAGCCCUGGGGUUGGAGAACAGUUGAGGCGCAGAUGUGAUGCCUGGUGACCUGUUCCUCAGGGCCACAGCGGCUCCUGUCUCUGGCACAGCUUUAUCUGAGCUUGCCUUGUUUUGGUGAGUGUUCCCUGGCAGAUCCGGUGCCUAGCUGUCCGCAUGUCCACUCUGUCGUCUGCCUCAUAUCUGGGACUCGCCAGACUCACAAAAUGCUGCAAGCAUAGGAUGUCACCAUGGUGACUGGAAGCGAAGAGACCCAGCCUGAGAGCUUGCCUGCCUGAGAGCUCUCUCUGUUCCUCUCCCCUGCCGGUCUCUCCUCCUUCCUCCUCUUUCUCUUUCCCUUCCUCCCGCCCCUUAUCUUUCCCCUUCUAUUCCUAUCUAUCCCUUCUUCCUUUUUGCCUUUUCUGUCUCCUCCCCUACCUCAGCUUGGCAUCCAGGGCAUGAUAAACAUGUCUGUCAACAGCUCCUGGAGCCUUGCCUUUGUGCAAGGCGGGGUAUCCGACUCAGACUCACUCUCCAUGAGGAAGCCCAUGAACCCUUCCCCUGCUUUCUACAUCCUUAUAAUCUAGAGAUCUCCCGCCUCCGCCUCCUGUCCCAUACCAGGCUUGCCAAGAUCUGAAAUAAUAGUUGUCACCCAUCUUUCCCCUUAAAGGGGAAAGCUCUUUCACAAUAAUCUGGGAUAGCUGGAAAUGGUCACAGCCAGGUGAUGGGGUCAGUGUCUUCCCCUUUGGGCCGUAGUCAAAGACUUAGUUAAAUGCAAGGAAGAAACCUUUCCCAUGGAGAAGUGGUAGUGGGAUGGAAUUUCCCGCUUUUCCUCAAAACCCUCUGAUUCCAUAUUGCACCAUGUGAUGUUGCCCACUCUGGGGUGUGCCCCCCACUUUGCUGACCAAGCCUUUUCCUGUCCAUCUGAAUAGCUCAGUGCUCACUCUAGAGUAAGUCAGAAAGUGAGUGAGUCUCUGUUCUGGGGAAAGAUCCCUGUGUGGGAACAUCACGUCCCGAUCACUAGUGGUAAAGUCACCACAGUGAUGACAGGGUAGCCUCUUGUUCUGGCUCAGGGUGACAGGGGUGACAGGGCAGUCGUCACUAGCACCUCACCUCCAGUCUCUCAGAAUACCUCUGCUUAGAAGCAAUAUUACAAAGGAUAAGUCAAGUUGUUCCAAAGAUGGCCGCUGCUGACCCCAGCUUCCUUCCAGAGCAGGGCCUCCAACAUGCACUUUGACUUGGAGAAGGCAGGUGAGAACUGGGAACAGACAAGGCCAAGGCCUCCUAAUUUCCACCUGCCACUUCAGUCCUGCUCCCGACUGAAUGUCCCCUUUCAUCUUGUGAGUCCCUUGCUCCAGGCCUUGAAUUCAGGCUGGCUCUUGCAUCGCCUGCUUGUUAAGUUCUGGGUUUUUAUUUUGUUUCGGUGCUGGAGAGUAAGCUCAGGGCCUUGCACAUGCUAGGCAAGGGCUGUUCUACCACUGAGCCAGCUCAUGGCCCUUUUGAUUUUUUAAACUUGAGACAGGGUCUCAUGAAGCUGCCCAGGCUGGCCUUGACCUUGUAGUCCUCGUCUCAGCUUCCUGAAGUGCCACCAUGGCCUAGUGCUCCUUGUUUUUUGUUUUUUUCUCUACCAAAGGCUGCUGCAUUGGUGACACAGCAGGUAUGGUCUAGAUGCCCACAGACUAGCACUAACACCCUCUUCCCACGGCCUGUGGUUUGAACAAUUUGGGACUGUCCAAGGGACUGUCAUCCUCGGGUUACUACUUCCCUCUCCCUGCCCUCUCCAUCGCUACCCCCGAAGUCACAGCUGCUUGGCAAGUGGAGUUCUGUGACCCAACCUCAGGCAUUUCCAUCCAAAUAAGACACAGACCCAUUUCACAUUUCACUGACUUUAGGGAAAAUAGUUUUCUACUUUUUUAUGUGUGUGUUUUCUUUGAGACAGGGUUUCUCUGUGGCUUUGGGGCCUGUUCUAGAACUAGCUCUUGUAGACCAGGUUGGCCUCGAACUCACAGAGAUCCGCCUGCCUCUGCCUCCCAAGUCCUGGGAUUAAAGGCGUGCGCCACCACUGCCCUCUCUACUUGGGAGUGGUCCUGGCUGCUGCUCCCAUCUGUCUCUCCGCUCCUCUUUUCUGCUGCUCUGAGCUUCCUUCUGGCAGGCUUUAGCUCUGCUGCUGCAGGGAACCGUCUAGAACUACACCCUGGCAGGGCUGUCCCACAGGUGAAGCCAACCACAUGCCUUGUCCAGGGGCACCACCCAGGCAUGAGGCAGGACAGAGGGUCCUCUGAACUUCUUGGAGAGAAGUGUCCACCCAGAGGGCAGCAUGGCAGGAGCUAGGCGGAGGUGAGCCGGCAGGACUGGAAGCUGAAGGCUGUCUCACCUCCGUCUUAACCCUCACAGCUAGUGCAGGCCAUGGUAAAGAGAGCAUGGACAUCUCUCUCUCCAGGAGGGCUUGGCUCACCACGGAAAGUGGUGUGUGUGUUUCUGUUCUUGGGCUCAACCACCAAACACAAGCUUCCUAGGACCCCCAGCCCCCUCCACCAACUUUCACUUGUCCCAACCCCCACCUCAUGAGAGUUGAAGGAUUGAAAGAGCUUGCUGCUUUACCUCUGAAUCCUUGCUCCUUUGACUACUCACAAGGUGAAGGGGCGGCGUGGAGGAACCUGGGUCACAGAAGCCUAGGAGAGGCUGGAGGUGGCCAAUGGCCAGGCUUGGUCCAUGCCCCUGCAUUUGGAGCACUUGCCGCCGGCAGGAACCUCAGCACUGUCCCUAGGGCUGUGCUGACCCUGCUAGAGUGAGCCCCAUGAUCCACUAAGUAUUCAUGUUCUCUGUCCUGUAUGUAUCCAAAUGACACCCUGGCUUCUUGAGUCUGAAUUGGCUGGUCUAGAACUUUUAUUUUCAAUUGGUAAAGUUGGGAAUUUAAAAAAAAAAUCUAACAUUUUCAUUUUGGCCCCUCUCUCCCAUCUUCUUUUCAUAACAUCCUUCCUGGAGGCAUCUGGGAUCCCUGAUACCUUAGCUUGAUUCCUGGGCUGGGCAAAGGUGGUGGGGGCAGGAAGGAGAGACCCAAACUGUCUUCCAUGUCUCCCCUUGAAUUCUGCUGUGUCCUGGGGAGGGGGACAGCAGCUGUGCACGUGUGAGGGAGGGGCUAAAGCCAAUAGUGAGGUCGUUCUUUUUCUUAACUGAAUGAUAAUUCUGUAAAAGUAAUUGGGGGGAGGGUGUUCAGGGAGUGUGUGUGUGUGUGUGUGUGUGUGUGUGUGUGUGUAUGCGUGCGCACAUGUGUGGUUUUGUUUUGUUUGUUUUAUAGUGGCUGUCUAAAGUGUUUCCAUGAUAUGUUUAACACGUAGUGCUUUAAAAGCAGUGGUAUCCUAUGCGCUGGGAGUCCUGGUUCCAGAGAUGGGACGUGCCCCACCUCAGUGGGUGAAGGUCUCACUCAGGAGGCAGAGGUAAUGGUUGGGAUCAGAAAGACCUGCAGCACCACCUGGGCGUUCAUUUCAAAUGGGAUACAGUAUUUUUUAUAACAGAACCAUCCUUUUUAAAAAAAAAAAAAAAGUUUGACACCUGAAUGUGAUUUCUAACUAUUAUUAGACAUUAAUGUUUUAAAGCUAUACAGUGGAAAAUUUCUACUUCCUUUUUCAUCCAUUUGGACUGUUCUUUUAUCUAUUCGAUUGUUUUAUGUGGGUGGGGAAGCUCUGUAUUCUCCUCUUAGCAUUUGUUUCUAUAACCAGAAAUAAAAAUUAUAUAUUAAAGAUA